AACAAUAUGGCGCUGAGAUAGUAAGCAGACUGUUUUCAGCUAUAUUACGAUGGGUUUGUGAAAGAUAUGGCAAACAAUACGGUGUUUGAAGGGUCGUAUUAGACACGUAAGUCAUAUUUAAGCGAUGUCUGGUCAAUUAGGCUCGCCGAAUCAGCUGAUAACCACCUUAGAUGAGGACGGACUCCAGGAAUUGUACACUUGGAUCGAUGAAAUUAAUUUAUCUCGCCCAAAGCGUAACAUUUGGAGAGAUUUCAGUGAUGGAGUUCUUGUAGCAGAAAUUGUAGCACACUUUCUACCCAAAAUGGUGGAACUCCACAACUAUUCGUCCACAAGUUCACAAGCCCAAAAGCUAACCAACUGGGAUACUCUGAAUAAUUGAGAAGUACAUUGCAAAGAAAAAAGCAGACAGUUUGAGAAAACAGCAGCAGGUGUAUGAUGAGUUCUCACCCAAUGGGCCCAUCUCUGAUCAUGAGCCAUAUCUGUAUAAUGAUGGGCAGGCAUACUUAGGUCCAGAGAAUAACUAUGGCUAUGCAUUCAAUACUAGUUAUACUCAAAGGAACCCAAUAAAUGAUGCUGGUGGCUCGUAUGGAGCGCAGUCAUACCAACCUGGUCCUAACCCAUAUCAAGGCCAAGAUAAAGGCAGUGAUGGCAGUCCCAGGGGGGGUAAUGCUCGGCAGAAGAGUAAAGACGGUAGGGGAGGACCGGGUAGUGACAAACCAAAGUUUGCUCCUGCUCAUCAAGGAAAAGGAAAGGUUCCUCGGUCUCAUUCGUAUCAAGAUGUGAAUGGCACUGUGGAUCCUCACAACCCUCGAUUGCUGCUAGAAGAAAAAGAACAAGCUUUACUUGCCUCUCAAGAAACCAUUCAGAUUUUGAAUGUCAAAAUUCGACGACUCGAGCACCUACUGCACAUAAAAGAUUUGAGAAUAGACGACUUAACAAAAAGACUACAGCAAGUAACCCAACCACCGCCAAGACAACUACCACCACAAUCCAACCCCCCCUUCCCCCCUGCGGUGGAGCCUUCUAUACCAUCCAUGCAUAUGCAUCACCAGAAUCCACUUCCGCCGGUGCAUCACUCUCCCUAUAAUCCACAACAACUGCAGGAACAUUAGUCUUUCGUGCAAGACAAUACAAGAUGUCCAACCGGAGCCAACGGCUGACGCGCAGUCACCGUGACGCGCAGGGUUAUGGCGUGGUAAAAAGAUCAUCUGCCCUAUAAAAGUCAGGAAUAUAUCGCCCUAAAGACGGUUAGCGAAAUUUUAAAAGUAGUAAACCAUACGUAAUUAGGUCAAUACUGUACAUGCGCAAGUGCAAAUAAAAUUUCCUUAGGGCAGCAGUAAUCUCAGCUGCAUCAGGGAUUUUACUCUAGAGGUUAAUGUUGCAGUUUGGUAUUGUUGUGUAUAGAUAGAUAGUUGGUAUCGUUUAAUCACUGCACCAAAGUGUUGAAGUUACAGUUAAUUGUAAAACAAACGCGUCGAAAUCUUUUGUAGAGCCCAAAAAAUGCAGCACUGUUUUUUAUUGGUGAAACGUAAUGAGGUUUCUUCUUCCCCUUUGCUGUUUACUGCUUUUGGAUUUCCCUUGGCCAAAUGACAUCACAGAUGAAAUGAAGUUCUUGCAAAUGUACGUUUAUUGAGCAUCUAUGGACGUGUAAAUAAGAUAAAGUGUCACAUAAUAUUUAUAUUCGAACCAAGGUAAAUAAAACAAGGAUUUGGUGGGAAGAACAAUGUUCGUGAAGAUGAGAGAAGAAGCUGAACGGGGUCAACGAACCGAUAGUUACUUUAAUCAUUGUAAUUGUAUGUUAGGCGAUGGAGCGGACUUUUAAAUUGCUCUACGAACUCCGGGGCGGUACGUCAGGGACAGACAAUAGGUUUAAAACGACUUAUGAGAAUCUUUACCACUGGUUGCUCUUGCUGUAGAGACUCUGAGUAAUAAACUUAUAAUUUAUCUUGUUAA